AUGACAAGAUAUCACUUUUCUGUCGGUGUUUUAAGCGAGUUUAUGGAGAAGCCUACAACAACCCACAUGGCAGCAGUAAAGCAAGUUCUUCGGUACAUCAAAGGUACCUUGAACAGUGGUUGUGUCUACUCAAAGAAGCAACCAGAUAUGAGUCUUGUUGGCUACUGUGACAGUGACCUUGCUGGUGAUAUUGACGACCGGAAGAGCACUACUGGAAUUUUGUUUUUUCUUGGCAGCAGUCCAGUAACUUGGGUCUCGCAAAAACAAAGAGUUGUAGCGCUUUCGUCAUGCGAAGCUGAAUAUAUCGCUGCAACGGCAGGUACUUGUCAAGGGAUUUGGCUAAGCAAAGUGAUUAGUGCAGUUGAAGAUACAGAAGUAAGAGCAACUCUUAAAGUGGACAACAAGUCAGCCAUAGCCCUUGCUAAAAAUCCAGUAUAUCAUGAUAGGAGUAAGCAUAUCGACACUCGCUAUCAUUUUAUUCGUGAUUGUGUGCAGGCUGGAAACAUUGAGUUAGUGUAUGUGAAUACUGAAAUUCAAUUGGCUGACAUGUUAACAAAACCUUUGGGAAGACAACGGUUUGAAGAGCUUCGAGAGAAGUUAGGAAUGAAGACAAUUGGUCAGAAAGAAUGA